AAAAGUACGGCUGAAGUAACAAGUUUUGCAGCUCGCGCAGAUCGUGGUUCGUUGAUCGUGGAUCGUCUGUUGUACGUAUUGUACGUUGCAAGUUCGUAUCGUAUCGUAUCGUUUCGCUUUGGCAACCAAUACAAUCUACAGUUUAUUUAAAACAACUUGUCAAGCCAAGGCAAUGAGAGUGCUUUAACUCUUGCAGUCAGCAAAGAAUUCCUGGCAGUUCCAUAAUUAUUAAAAAUCACAGUGUGCACGAGCAUGAGUGUGUGUUUGAGGAAAGCAUAAAGAAAAUAAAAAUAAAAAUUACACGCCUCUACACAUCCGAGGUACAUACAUAAAAUAUAAACAAAUCAUCUCUCCCCAACGAAAAUCGCCAGCAAAAUUCCGGCAUUGAACGAGCUGCAAAGAUGAAUUUCUUUGUGAUUGGCUUUCUGAUCAUGCAGGCGGCAAGAUUGGCUUGCGGGACGUGCGUUUUAGCGUCCGAUUUUGGUUUCAUACUCGAUUGUAACUUCAAAAAGUCUGGACUGUUUCGUGUACGAAAUUUGGGUGGCCUAAAGGCCCAUUUCGGUUUAGGUUUCAGUGUCGGCGAUGAGCUGGGCUUCCCGGAGUCGCUGGGAAAUGUGGAGAGCGUGCGUCGGCGUGCCAUCAGCUACAAGAAUGGAGCACCGCCCGAGAGUGUGGGAGUUCUGUCGGGGGCACAGCAACAGGCCACUCCAAAUGCACAGCAAUCGCUGCCAGAUAAACGCAUCAGUUCACGCUCCACCGGACCCGUGCCCUACAACCUGCAGCUGCAGCAGCUCCAGCAGAGCGCCCUUGCAGCGGCCAAGGCCCAGCAGCAGCAACAGCAGCAGCAGCAGAAAAUGAAGCAACUGCAACAGCAAUUGCUGCAACAUCAGCAGCAGCAGCUGCAGCAGCAGCAACAGCAGGCACAGCUCAUGACCGAAGCCCGUCCGCUGCCGCUGGGCGUGCCCGCCUUCCGUCCGAUACCCCAGAAGCAGCAGCAGGACUUGAAUCCGGCUCCGACAACAGCAGAUCGGCGUGUGGCAGUGGAUACAACGGAGCCGCGAGUCAGUGUCAACAAUAAACUCUUCCAUGCCGUAGAUAAGCCACACUCGAAUCGAACCUUCCAUGCGGACAAUCCAGUGGUCUCCCAGCCCGUGGCAGUGCCCGUCUUCCAGGCCAUGCCGGAGUCCAUUGCCCGCAUAGCGAAUGCGGCCAAGGAGCAUCGCCAGGCACCGCCGCCGCCGCAGCCUAGUUAUCCCAAUUAUCUGCAGUUUGAGGAGCCCAAAUUCGACCUCAAGGAUGUGACUGUGGAGGAGCUGGCCUCGGCGGCCAAUGUCACGGUGGAGACCAUCAAGCAUGCGAUCUAUGUGCGGGAACAGCAGCUCAAAGCGGAGCACAGGGCACAGCUGGCGGCCAAACUGAGGGAGGAGUUCAUGCGCACCUCCACGUUGAGGACCACGACCACAACGACGGCAACGACACCGAGCACUCCGCGGCCACAAAAAUCGAUGGCAGAGCACAAGGUGUCCAAGGUCAUGAAUGCACCCAAGGAAUAUUAUCCUGUGGGCUACGACAAGAACUUCGAUGACAACUUCAAAUCCAAGGUGGAUCUGCCGCCCACGAGCUUCUCCUGCGCCAAGCAGAAGCACUUUCCGGGUCUCUAUGCCGACACAGAUCUGGGCUGCAUGGUCUUUCAUGUGUGCGCCCUCACCGAUGAUGGUUUGGUGCGCAAGUCCUUCCUCUGUCCGGAGAACACGCUCUUCGAUCAGACCAUACUCAAGUGCAACUGGUGGUUCUAUGUCGACUGCAGCUCCAGCACCAGCAUCUACGACUCGAACAUUCCCAUCUCGAAGAGCUACCAGCUGAUGAAGUCCCUCACGUACUUCUCCAAAUUCAACAAUCAGCGCAGCAAGGAGCAGGAGGGCGACAAGGAUGAGAAUGCCCUGGAUAUAGACUCACUGCGGGAGUCCAUGGAGGGUGUAUCCCGCCGCCAGGAGCUGGCCAAAAAGGCCGAGCUAGAGCGGGAGAAGCAGGAGGAGCGGCCGAAGGCUGACCACGAGCAUGUGGUGCCCGAGGAGGGGGAUCAGCAGCUGUCCAACUAGAAUUAAGAGUCGUCUCUCCAACCCUAAUGCUAUCUGAGAUCUAGGUUAAGAGUUAACGAUCGAGCGUCAUAGUCAAAUCUUCCACUGGUUUUCUGUUUAGUCUGUCCCAACAUUUCGCACGGGAGGAGCAGGCAGCUCCUGUUUAGUACCCUCCUUAGACAUAGUCCUUGCUAGCCUCGUAAGUCGAUAAUCUCUAGUGUUAUUACUAUUUAUUUAUUGUAUUAUUUACCCAACAAUUACAACACAAAAACUCUGUUUGUUUCAAUUUAUAAAUGUUCCAUUUCGA